AUGGAGCAAGCACGUUGUUGGAUGUGGACAAAGCGAAAACACGGAUUCAAUUCUCAUAUUCUUGCAUCUACCAAUCCUUCAUAUGGUGAUUCAUGGGAAGAACAAGCUUUUGCAGAAGAUGCAGCUGGAGCUCUUGGCGGAUGUAUAUGGCCUCCAAGAUCUUACUCUUGCAGUUUCUGUAGAAGAGAAUUUAGGUCUGCUCAAGCUCUAGGUGGGCACAUGAAUGUCCACAGGAGGGAUAGGGCUAGAUUGAAACAGUCUCCAAGUCCACAAAAUGAAAUUCUGCAUCAUCAGAAUAAUUUUAAUCAUAUUCUGAAUCCUUGUACAUCUUUGGAUGUUCAACACCCAUCACAAAUCUGUACUUUGCUUUACAACCCUAGUUCUGAUGCUGAUCAUAGAGUUUUUGCAUCACCUUCCUCAGCUUCUGGGGUUAAAGCUCCACCGACACUAACUUAUGGAGAUGAAAAGACUUUGGUCCCACCUUUCUCUCCUAUUUUUCAUGAAUUCCACAAGAGAACCUCCAUAUCAUCGCCUCCAUCGAGGUCAAACAUGGCUGCCGACAGACAUCAUCAUAUCUUGGAUUUUAAGAAUGAAGAGAAAAAUUCAAAAAUUCUGGAGUCAAACGGUGGGGUUAAGGGAGAAUAUGUCACAGCCGAUUUGUCUGUAAGUUUGAAUUUGGUUUUAUGUAGAACUAACUCGACUCCAGCUGGUGCAAAGGAAGAGGCUAUAAGCUGCAAGAGAAGAAGAACCGACGACGGAACACCAUUAGCUUUAUUCUCUAAAUCAAGCACAGUUGAUAGACAUCAUCAGCAAUCAGAGGUAUUUGUACUCAGCCCUAACCCCAUAGAGGAUUUGGACCUUGAGCUAAGGCUUGGUGAACGGCCUAAGGGCUUCAAGGUGAUUGGUUUGGCAUUUGUCUUGUUUAGGGCUAUUGAGUUGGAUAGGCCUGAUCAUAUACCUGAGAGAGAGAAGUGUGAGUGA